CCUAUUUUUGAUGGAGAGGGGGUGCCACCCACUCUGCCCCAGAUCUCGUUUGCCACUAGCAGCCAACCAGUCGGGCCCAAGUCCGCGAGCCAAAAGCGAUUGGGGGCGAGUGAGCUUGGCCCCACGCUCCCUGGUGCCCCAGCCCGGGCCGAGGUGGUGUAUCCAGCCCUCCCGGCCUCCUUCUCCUUGUGGGAGCCGAGCAGGGGCCUCGCUGUAACGCAGAGGCGAAAUGUAGCGAGCCGGGGUCGUGGCUGGACGCUUGCCUUGGCUGGGGGUGUGGGGGCGGGGGGCACGCCGAGGGCCGAGGAGGACUGCGGAGGAAGAGGAGUGAUGAGAAGAGGGGGAACCCUGCACCCCCCGAGACCACGGGCCCCUGCUGCCACUCGCCAGGCGCCCCCCUUCCUCCUAAGUGAGGGGCAGGUAUUCCACACAGGUUCUCGUGACUUGAAGGACCAGGGAUUUGGGGAGCUUCAAGGUCUUCCCAGGAAGGAAGGAAAUCUCUGGAAGAAAGGUGAAAGACAACAGACGCUGCUCUGGGAUCAGCACAGCCCGAGAAGCUGUGAGAAACUUAAGGAUCCCAGCCAGAGGUGUGGGAGGAAGCCGCAGCUCCAGGCCUAGGCUGCCUUCUGAAAGAUUUGAACUCAAGCUACUUUUCAUGAAAGAAGGGCCCCCUCAGAGGGUACCCACACUUGGCUGAGCUCUUCCACUCUGGAUGUCCCUGCUCUGAGAAGCCUGCUGCUGAGAACCAAAGAAGAUAAGAGGUCAGAUUAAUUAUCCCUCAGCCCAGUGCUGGGCGACAGGAGUCAGGCAUCUGCACCCCUAGUGGCUGGCUGCUGGGUCUGGUGAAGAGUUUCUGGUUCCCUCCGGCUUGCGGCUUCAGUACUUGAUGGGGCUGCCUGUUGGUGGAUCAGUUUUUGCAGUGGCUGGUAGGAGCGGAGAGCCGUGGGAAGAGGUCCCGCGGCACCCAAGCCUGGGUUCACCCCAAGACUAAGUUCUUUCCCGAGUUAGAGAGGGAGAGAGAAAGAAAAAAGAGAGAAAGAGAAAAUUUUUCCCCUUUCCAUCUUCCCUUCCCGUCAUGUCCUCUAAGUCGGAGCCAAAGGACAUCCACCAGCUGAACGGGACUGGCCCUGCUGCUUCACCCUGCUCUUCAGAUGGCCCCGGGCGAGAGCCCUUGGCUGGAACCUCUGAGUUCCUGGGGCCUGAUGGGGCUGGGGUAGAGGUGGUGGCCAUUGAGUCUCGAGCCAACGCCAAGGGGGUCCGGGAGGAGGAUGCCCUGCUGGAGAACGGGAGCCAGAGCAAUGAAAGUGACGACGUCAGCACAGACCGUGGCCCCGCACCACCCUCCCCGCUCAAGGAGACCUCCUUCUCCAUCGGACUGCAAGUGCUGUUUCCCUUCCUCCUGGCAGGCUUUGGGACUGUGGCUGCGGGCAUGGUGCUGGACAUCGUUCAGCAUUGGGAAGUGUUCCAGAAGGUGACAGAGGUCUUCAUCCUGGUGCCUGCACUGCUGGGGCUCAAGGGGAACCUGGAAAUGACCCUGGCAUCGAGGCUGUCCACUGCAGCCAACAUCGGGCACAUGGACACGCCCAAGGAACUCUGGCGGAUGAUCACUGGGAACAUGGCCCUCAUCCAGGUACAGGCCACAGUGGUGGGCUUCCUGGCAUCCAUUGCAGCCGUCGUCUUUGGCUGGAUCCCUGACGGCCACUUCAGCAUCCCGCAUGCCUUCCUGCUCUGUGCCAGCAGCGUGGCCACGGCCUUCAUUGCCUCCCUCGUACUGGGUAUGAUCAUGAUUGGGGUCAUCAUUGGCUCUCGAAAGAUUGGAAUCAACCCAGACAAUGUGGCCACUCCCAUUGCUGCCAGCCUGGGUGACCUCAUUACCUUGGCGCUGCUCUCAGGCAUCAGCUGGGGACUCUACCUAGAGCUGGGUGAGGCUGAGGCUACGGAAGGUAACUGGCAGUACAUCUACCCCCUGGUAUGUGCCUUCUUCGUGGCCCUGCUGCCCGUCUGGGUGGUGCUGGCUCGACGGAGCCCAUCCACAAGGGAGGUGCUGUACUCAGGCUGGGAGCCUGUCAUCAUUGCCAUGGCCAUCAGCAGUGUGGGAGGCCUCAUCUUGGACAAGACUGUGUCAGACCCCAACUUUGCAGGGAUGGCUGUCUUCACACCCGUGAUUAACGGUGUUGGGGGCAAUCUGGUGGCAGUGCAGGCCAGCCGCAUCUCCACCUUCCUCCACAUGAAUGGAAUGCCGGGGGAGAACUCGGAGCAAGCCCCUCGCCGCUGCCCCAGUCCUUGUACAACCUUCUUCAGUCCUGAUGUGAAUUCUCGCUCGGCCCGAGUCCUCUUCCUUCUCGUGGUCCCAGGACACCUGGUGUUCCUCUAUACCAUCAGCUGCAUGCAGGCCGGGCACACCACGCUCACGCUCAUCUUCAUCGUCUUCUACAUGACAGCUGCACUGCUCCAGGUGCUGAUUCUCCUGUACAUCGCGGACUGGAUGGUGCACUGGAUGUGGGGCCGGGGCCUGGACCCAGACAACUUCUCCAUCCCGUACUUGACAGCUCUGGGGGACCUGCUUGGCACAGGGCUCCUAGCACUCAGCUUCCACGUCCUCUGGCUCAUUGGGGACCGAGACACGGAUGUCGGGGACUAGCCUGGUCACUCAACCUUCUCCACACCCUCUGCACUUUCUUUUUGAAUUUUCUCUUCUGUUCCCCUUCCCCUACCCCACUCCACACUCCCACCUCUUUCUAAGACUUCACUUUGAUACCAAAUUCUCAUUAUUUUCAAUGGGAAUUUUUAUACAUUGAGCCAAGUUUGUAUAGCGAGAAUUCAGGCAGGACAGAUGGACUGAGACAAGCAGUACAAGUAGAUUUUGAGACAAUCACCAAGUGCAAUUUCACGGUGGGUGCCUCCAGGUGAGGUGGAUUGGGGCAGGGCUUUCUGUCUGGAAUCUGGGGAUGUGCUUUAACAAACAUAGUCCUGGCCCUAAUGAGAAACCCUUUGUGAGUGGGCUCUGGUGUUUUUGUUUCCUUUCAUUCUUUUUUUUGGGGGGGUGUUAAACAGAGGGAUAAAUUUCAGUACCCCCACCUCCCCACACACAUACACUUCUUCUAGAAAUGGACCAACUUUAAGGCACUAGACAGGAGACAGCUGCUCUUAGCUCCACAUAACCCUAACUCUCUUCUCUGCCCUCUGGACCAAGGCCUUUCUGCUCCCAGAAAGGGUGAGGUGGACUGACUCUUCAAAUUGUGCACCUGCCCUUUCCCCAGUUGCCUGGUGAGCACCUCUGACCCCACCCAGUGAUCUUUUUGUAAUUGAUUGUCACAUUCAGGAAGAAAGGAGCCAUGGCCUCGUUUUUUGGUUGACCCAUAUUCACCCACAGUUUGCCAAGAUUUAUUAUUUCCCCUCUGGGCCCAGAAGACCAACUUUUUAUCUCUGUUCACCUGCAUCUCUAAUUGUCUCUAAGCACUUCGCUUGCCCAGAGCUUGCCAGAUUGGGUUCCAAGAUUAGGGACAGGAAUGGCUAUGUGGAGAAUGGUUGGGAGGUUGAGGGCAACCAGGGCUGUCUCAUUGCUGCUGUUUCUCCUGAGAAUACACAGUCAUGUGGUCACCUUAGUCUGUCACUUCCUAAAAUCAUGCAUUCUGUCGUGUCAUGGAGGUCACUUGUCCUCCCCCUUAACUUCUGCCCAUAGUCACCAUUCAUUCAUUUACUCAUUCAGCAGGUUCACAGCCCUUCCAAGAGGAGGACUUCUGCGGGCAUGGUCUGAAACAUUCUUUGAGCAGUGUUUAUUGAGUGCCUAUGUGUUAGGUACCGUACCAGGCACUGACUAGCCAGUGGUAAGGGAACUACAGCUCCAGCCUCGCCUCAUUCCCCAGAUAAAGGCCACAUGCUCCUUCAAAUCUGGCAGAAAAAGUUGCCUUGCUGCAUUUGCGUCUGUAUCGCCGAGCCCAGUUCUGCCUCUGGAUCUCCCUCCUAGAUGCCACUUCUGUACAACGCUGACUGCAGCUGGAGCUCCCAGCCCCGGGGCUCAGCCAGCGUUUGUCUCUCUCUUCCUCACCUUCCCCACCCUUACCUCUCCUCACCAGCCACCUAAAAAUGGAUUCAGAACUAAUAGACUAGACAUCAGAACUAGUAGACUAGACAUCAACUAGCUGCCUCUACUCUUCUCUGCCUAGCACAAGGCUGGGAGAACACUGGAGUCUCUGUUUCCUGCCCAUGUGUUAACUCUGAACAGAUGGGAAAUCUGUCCACACUCACACAUGUACAAAUCUGGGUGUUUGGGUGCAGGAUUUUUUUUCUAGCCUCUCUACAGCCUUUCCAGAGCCUUCCCCUCUGUCCCCUAAGGACCCACCUCCAGGGGAAGGCCAAGAAAUGACCUUGUCUCUUACCAACACCAUGCCUCAUCCCAGGAACUUGCCCUAUACCUCCAGAUUCUGUCUUUUCUCUCCCUCCAUUUCCACCCAGGCCAUCUACUGGAGUCUAGAACCUUAGAAUUGGAAGGAAUUGUAGAGGUUAUCUGGUUGGAAUUGUGUCCAACAGAGUUCAUUCACACCAGCCUGGGCUUGUUUCUGCUCCUCAGGCUUUGUAUCUUGUUUCCCACCUGCAAACACAUUUGCACAUAGACUCUUCUUGUACAGGCAUCAAAACCAACUCCUCUGCCCCUGAAGCUGUGCCCUGUGGUCCCCAGUCCCUCCUGCCCCAGUCACACCCUUUCCUUGUCUCUGGAGUUUGGCCCGGCUGCCUUGGAAGACUUCAGAGCAACUUCCUUUGCCAAAAAAGGCAGGAAGAUAGGCAUGCCCCCAGCCUUGAAUGUGUGAGUAAAGGAGGACUGUGGGGCGAGAUGCAAGAAAAUGGAGUUGACUUUCAUGAAAGAUUUCAUUUCUUUUCCCCUGACUGCACAAACUGCAUGUACUUUUGGCCUGGCUACAAGGAGCGACAUUGGUUUACUCUUGUAUCCUUAAAAAGUUACAGAACUGUGUCUUAAGAGAAUUAUUUAUAGUUACUAUAACUGAAUUGACAAAUGUCAACAUAACUGAUAAAUUAUAUUUGGUAAAUAAA